CACAGGGACACAGCAUGGUCCGGGAAACCAGACACUUAUGGGUGGGGAAUUUACCUGAAAAUGUGCGAGAGGAGAAAAUUAUUGAGCACUUCAAACGAUAUGGCCGAGUGGAAAGCGUCAAAGUCCUUCCGAAACGUGGAUCCGAGGGCGGGGUGGCUGCCUUUGUGGACUUCGUGGACAUUAAGAGUGCACAAAAGGCUCACCAUUCUAUUAACAAGAUGGGAGACAGGGACCUGCGGACGGAUUACAAUGAACCAGGGACUAUCCCGAGCGCUGUUCGAGGCCUGGAGGAUAGCCUUUCUAUAGCGACGCGCGGGCGUGAUGUUUCGGGGUUCACGAGGGGGGCGGGGGCCUCAGUGUAUGGGCCUUCUGCAUCACUUCACAGCAGAGAGGGACGCUAUGAACGCAGACCAGACGGGGCCCCAGAAAGCCGGGAACGCACUUACGAUCACAGUGCCUAUGGACACCAUGAACGUGGCAGCAGCAGCAGCAGUAGUUUUGAUCGGCAGCGCCACUAUGAUUCGGAUUAUUACCGGGAUCCUCGGGACCGAACCCUCAGCGGAGGUGCUAGUGGAAGUGCUAGCUCGUCUAGUGCGAGUACAGUAGGAACCUCUCUAGGGGUCACUGGAGGAUCUGGAGGUAUAGGUUCGACUGGCAGUGCCGCAGGAGGAAGCAACGUUAGCACCGCUAGCUUGGGAGGUGGAGGAUCUGCGUCAAGUGGAAGUAGCUAUUUCCGAUCACAAAGUCAAAGCCCCAGUCGCUUUGAGACUGCAGAGACUCGUUAUGAGGCCCGUACACGUGAGCCUUAUACACUGGCCAGCAUGGUGCACCGGGAUCUGUACCGGGAGGACAGGGGCAGGCGAGGAGAUAGGACUUAUCGACACAGUCGAAGUCGCUCUCCACACACUUCGCAGUCACACAACGUUUCACCUCAGAGGUCGACGAGCAAGGCAGCAAGGAAAACGCGUUCCCCGAACGGCUCCGGCACCCACAGCCGCUCUUCCAGCUCUGACUCUGUCAGCAGCACCAGCAGCAGUGGCAGCAGCAGUGAUUCCAGCAGCAGCUCCAGCGACGAGUCCCCAGCUCGAGCAGUUCAGUCAGCUGCUGUACCAGCUCCUUCCUCUCAACCACUGCCUCCACUGGAUAAAGACGAGCCUCGAAAGAGCUUCGGUAUCAAGGUUCAAAACCUUCCCGUACGCUCCACAGAUACAAGCCUGAAAGAUGGUCUGUUCCAUGAGUUUAAGAAGCAUGGCAAAGUGACAUCUGUUCAGAUUCAUGGUACCUCUGAGGAAAGAUUUGGACUCGUUUUCUUUCGUCAACAAGAGGACCAAGAGAAAGCUCUUAGUGCAUCGAAUGGCAAACACUUUUUUGGGAUGCAAAUUGAUGUUACUGCUUGGACUGGCCCUGAGACAGAAACAGAGAAUGAGUUCCGGCCACUGGAUGAUCGGAUAGAUGAAUUUCAUCCGAAAGCUACACGGACAUUGUUCAUUGGAAAUUUAGAAAAGACCACAACGUACCAUGACCUGCUUAACCUCUUCCAGCGCUUUGGAGAGAUUGUCGACAUUGAUAUUAAGAAGGUAAACGGUGUCCCACAGUAUGCAUUUCUGCAGUACUGUGAUAUUGCUAGUGUCUGCAAAGCAAUAAAGAAAAUGGAUGGCGAGUACCUUGGAAGUAAUAGGUUAAAGCUGGGGUUUGGAAAAAGUAUGCCCACCACGUGUGUAUGGUUGGAUGGCCUGGCUGCCAACAUUACAGAGCAAUAUCUUACAAGACACUUUUGCCGCUACGGCCAUGUAGUUAAGGUUGUGUUUGACAGAUUAAAGGGAAUGGCUCUAGUCCUAUAUAAUAAUAUAGAAUGUGCUCAAGCUGCAGUAAAGGAAACCAAGGGUUGGAAGAUUGGAGGGAACAAAAUUAAGGUCGACUUUGCCAAUCAUGAAAGCCAGAUGGCAUUUUACCGUUCAAUGCAGACAUCUGGACAGGAUAUCAGAGAGUGUUAUGAUGUUCUGUCUGACCGUCGGGAUGAACGUAGAGCACUUUAUCUUGAAUUCUCCACUGACCGGGCAUGUUAUGAAAACGUGAGAACUCAAACAGAAGAUCUGCGUCGCAAGUAUCUUGUGAGAAGUCGAGAGUUCUACACAGAAUGGGAUCCAUACACCACAGAAUACUAUGAUCUGCGAUAUUAUGAUGAGUCUUGUGAAUACAGGGAUCACAGAGACGCUUAUGAGCAAGAUAUCAGGAAAUACAGCUACAUGCAGCGUGAACGCAAUAGAGACAGAGAACGAGAUCAUGGUCGACGGACAGUUGAACACAAUCAGAGUCCACCCCAUCCCCGGCGUCAUUCUAGCCCAACUGCUUCCCCUUCCCUCUCAGAACGGCUGACUAGUGUCCCCGAACAUCUCAUUUAUAGUCGCUCUUCAGACCGAAGUGGCAGUUGUAGCUCAGUUUCACCAACACAUUUUGAGAAACCAGACAAAAAUUCAGAACUGUACAAUAAAGGUAACAAACUUGAUAAAGAAAGGCAAUUAUUUGAACCAGAUACUGGAAAUGGAGGAGAGAAAGAAAUGCGAGUUGGUCGUAGGGAUAAAGGAGAAAAAGAUAGAACCGAGAAGCAAAACAUAAGGAAGUUAAAACAUUUAUCACCUAGUGUUCCAUCAUCUGAGACAGAUGUUGAACCAGACAGGGACGCGAGUCCUGAUUCAGCUCAGUGUAAUUUCAGUAAGACACUAGCCAAAGAAAAAGAUUUGGGAAAAGGAAAGCUAGAUCUUCCACCUUGUGUUGUUCAUCUAACACGUGUCAAAGAAAAGGAAGAUACAUUAUUAGACCAGGCCAUCACUGAGAAGCAAAAAGCUAAGACAUGCAGCGAUCCUGACAGUUCUUUAAUCUCACCACUCACAGCUGAUCACAAGACUACGCAUCAUACAGAAAUUGAAAAUAAAGAUGUCUUUAGACAUGUAAAAGUACCCAAGGACAAAUGUCUAGCAAGCCAGGUUGAGAUUGUGGACAAAGAAGGUACAAACAAAGGCAGAAGAUACAGUAGAGCAGACACUGCAUUUGAAAAAGGCAACUCUGAUGCAGAUCGUUUAGCUGCUCGAAAAAGACGUUUUGAAGAAGAUACUGUCCAUUGCUUGAGAAAAACUACCAAGGCAGAGGAAGAAGGGAGAUCUGGACUGAGGCGUGUAGGGAGUUUUCCAAAGGAGCUUGAAGAUGAUAGGGAAUUUCCUCAAAUGAAGCCAUCCAGGGGAGAGAAUAAACAUGAUAGAAUAGAGUAUGUGGAUACUCCAAGUACUACAGAUGAACCAGACUCUGUUCAAAACAAAAAUCGUAGACACAGUGAUCCUAUAAGUUGUCUUGAUCAGAGAAUGCUGGAUGUUGAAGUGAAGAGCCAGCAUCACUUUAAACUUAAAAUAUCCAGUGAUGGAGACUCAGAAAUUGUUUGCACAAGAGAACCACACCUUGAAGGGCACUUGGCCUUGCAUUAUAAAGAUGCAAUGGAUGAUAAAGAAAGGUUACUUCUUGACAUGAACCACUCCCAGAGCUGUAGAAAACGAAUGGAUCAAAGUUGUCAUCUGCAGCAGCAGCAACAAGUGUGUGACACAUUUAAUCCAAAUGAAAGCAAAGAUAACUCUGAUAUAAAAGACUUGGAGCAUCAAACUCUUAUACAUGAAACUGGUAUUGUCCCUUUAAAUGUUAUUGAUGUUUUACCUCUGAUAAAGCAAAAGAAGUCAGAAGCAUCUGAUUUUGAACUUGGCUCUAAUAAAGAGUGGAACUCUUGGGGUUUGAAGCAACUAAAUAGUGAGUCUGAAAGGAAAUUUACCCCUGCUUUGGUUAAACAAGAGUGGCCCGCAAGAGAGAUAACUAAAACGGAAAUGAACUCCCAUUUUGAUGAAUUAAACUGCAACUAUGAAGAUACUGUUACAGAUACAGGGGUACUGAAGACUAAGAAUUCACCUUCAAGUGAUGAGGAUCUGGCUUGGCAGAGUAAUAUAAAACAUGACACACUCAAAGUAGAAAUAAGUGUUCCAAGCAGCAUUGUAAAAUGUGAGAGCAUUAGAAAGAGCCGUGUACAUGACCUGGAGCCGGGAGAGGUUCGAUCAGACUCUGAUGAUGAUGACGUAGGUGACAUUACAGAUUUUUCAUUAAAGCAAGACACCGUUUAUAAAAGGGGAUGUGAGGAAAGGCUUUUAGACCUCAAGCUCUCAGGGUCCCUAGAAAAGAACAAGUUCUAUGAAUUUUCACUGGACAAGACAAUAACACCAGACACAAAAGCCUUGCUUGAGCGUGCUAAGUCUCUGUCUUCAUCGAGGGAGGAUAACUGGUCUUUCCUUGACUAUGAAUCAAGGUUUACAUGUUUUCGGAAUAGCACAGAUAAAGACAAAGUUGACUCUGCACCAAGACCGAUGCCCUCUUGGUAUAUGAAAAAAAGGAAAAUCCGAUCUGACUCUGAAGGGAAGCUUGACUUCAAAAAAGAAAACCCAAAGCCAGAAGAACAAGAAAUCCAUGAUCUUUUUGCCUCUCGUUUUCUACACAGCUCUAUCUUUGAGCAGGACUCAAAACGCCUUCGACAUCUUGAAUGUAAAGACAGUGAUCCUGAAGUUCAAAUGGAGAUAGAUAAGUCUAGUAUCACUGAUAAAAAGGCUGAAUUAGAUGAAGCAGAAAAUUGGCAUGAGCCUAUAGUGCUGUUCCAUAACAGAUUUUUGGAGUUACAGCAAUCAAAAGACAAACACCAAGAGCAACACACUUUGGAAAAAGCCAGUACAGCUGAGACCACUGACAGAAAAUCUGUGUCAGAUCAUGAGCAAAUUCAGUGUCCCAAAGAAUCUAAAAGUAUGCCUACAUUAAAAUCAACGAGUCCUACUCCAUCUACAUCUGUUCUUGCAACCACAAAGACAGAUGUGCAAGAGGUUAUACAAGCCUCACCAACUACAGAGUUAUCUGUGUUACCAGUCAAAAAGGAGACAUUAGAUGAUACUCAAAUUGACUCUCCUCCACCAUCCAGUCCAUCAAGCAUUAAAGCAGCUGCUGUAGUAGACACACCACCUUUGACAAAGAACGAAAACUCUAAAGAAGAGCCUAAUCAAGAAAUUAGUAACAUCAAAGAAACUGCAAAUACAUUACACGAGAUGCAGAACAUUGAUGUAAAACCUCCAACUCCUAGUACAUCUUUAAGCAAUUUGGAGCCAGAGUCUGAUCCUGCAGAGUGUCCACCUCACCUUUCACCUAUGCUUGAAGAUGCUCAAACGGCUCCUGUGGUAGAGCAGAUAAAAACUAAAACAGAACAUCCUGAGUCCAUUUGCCAGAGUGUUGAGUCAACCUUCCAGAUGCACUUGGCAGUAUCUGAACCUGAGGUUGAGCCAACACAGCUAUCACGAAAACAACCUAAAAAUAAAAAGACUAAAGCAAAUAAAUCAGCAUUAAGACCUAUUGAUCAACCUCAACCAGCAGACACUAAAAAGCCUGUCCUUAGAAAAAGUGAACGCAUCGACAGAGAAAAACUGAAAAGGACAUCAUCAAGACAAGGGGCAAUAAAACGAAGAGCCGAUUCCAAAAGCCAAUCCAAAUCUCCUUGUUAUUUAACAGAUAUGGAGAUUAAUGAUUUAAGCUCGUCUCAAAACAGAACACGUCAACGCCGGAAUGUCCGUUCUGUCUAUGCUACACCACAUGAGGAGGAUGCAGCCCCUCAACAACAAGGCAAAGAUUCUAUUGAAUCCUCUCGUUCCUUGAGAAAGCGUGGUGUUGAUAAAGACUCUGUACAGCAGGAGACAUUGACAUCCAACACAAGAAGAGGUCGCCCAACCAAAUCUCAUAAAACAGUGGAUGAUCUGCCUUUAGUUGAGGACCAGGCAAACACUUUUGAAGGGGACAUCACUGAUAAUCCGGAGUCUGAAAGCAGUGCUGAAAUUACCAAGGUUGCAGUAGGAUGGCAUUCUCCUCGCUCUCAAAAGGUUCAAUCAGUAGUUAGAGCUGGACAGAACCAAAUAGCAGCUAAAACAGACAAAACAUUAGAAGCUGAGGUUUCUGAAACCUUAAAUUCUCAUGUUGUAGCAAUUGAUAAGACUACAUCUCAGGAGGAAUUGGAGAAAAAUACAGAAAAAGAUUCCAUGGGCAAACAUGAUAAGAGUGCAAAUCUUAAAGUGCCAAGACUGACUCAGUCAGUCAACCUUAAACACCUUUUCAUUGAUCUAAGUGGGGAUACAGUUAAAGGUGCAUUAUAUUCUGAACAUUGUCAAAACUCUGUAAAGAAGACUAAAACAGAAAUAUCUGAUGAAGGGGAUUUCCAAAUUCCAAAAUCUAUACGAAAAGUAGAGGAUCUUAGUCCAGAUGGGAGGGAAGAACCUUCAGAUUCAGAACCUCUUGUUAAGCCAGAGGAAGCAUUGCUUGCCCGUCAAGUGGAAUUAGAAAGGGCAGUGGAAAAUAUUUCUAAACUUGAUAUUGUGCAACCACCAUCCUACAAAGAACCACCUUCUCAACCCCCUACUGUACUACAACCUGUUUCAGAAGGGACUGACGAAACUGAGGUGGAAAAGCCUGCCAACCCUGCAAGUGAAACAGAGCUUGCUGCUGCAAUUGAUUCAAUUACUGCUGAAGAUAUUUUAGUGGAUACAGAUGGUUUUCACACUCCUACAUUUACAUCACUUCUUCGAGCAUCAGAGACAGUAGUUUCGCCCACGGCCAGUGAGGUUAUGGAAACAGAGACAGGCUUGAUAAAAGAUUCUGAGGCAAGUUUGACUACACAUUCAAAGUCAUCUGAACCAGACAAUCGUACUGAAUGUCCACUACCAGAAACGCAGAAAAAGGGAGCAAGAGCAAGGCCUAAAACACCAAAGAAAUGUAAGGGCCGAAAGGGUUAUGCCAACAAAAAAACAAAUAUGGUACCUCAUACCAUGUUGGAAGCUAAAUCUGCAGUAAAACUACCAGAGUCCAUUCCUGAAGAUAUGCAAACUGUUAAUCCAAAAGCAGCCACCUCAUCAGCAAUAGCUACUGUAGUCACUGUUGCUGCUGCAUGUAAACAUGAUGUUACAUCUGUGGUGACUAUUAACACUCCAAAAGAGGCAGAGCAGCCUGUUAUAGACCAGCCUGAACCUCAAGAAUCAGCCUUUCAUUCUGGAAGUUCUAGUCCUUCGUUUUUUAGGUCACCAGAGAUAACCUCAAAAUCAGUUUCCCCCACUCUUACAACACCUUCAGCCCAUCUAAGUCCAACGUUAGCUUGUUCAGCUAAGAUCCCUUUCACAAUUCCUGACUGGAGAAACAGAACUGAAGAGAAAGGAGUACUUUCUAUAUCUCAUGUUACUGUGGUUGCGUCAGCACCAGGUGUGGUAAUAGGAAGCCAUUUAACAAACCCUGCAAUACCUCCUGACACAAAGGCCUCCGAUAUUGAUCCAAAAUCUAGCACUUUAAGAAAGAUUCUAAUGGAGCCAAAAUAUGUAUCUGCUUCAGACAACUCUGCUGUCACAAGCACAUUACUCACAAACACAUUAACAAGCCCUAGAAUGUCUCAAAAUGAGAAUGUACCUGUUGUAAAAUCAGUGCCUGAUGACAGACCCAGUCCUGUAACACCAGUUACACCUCAAAUGGUUUUUCCAGAACAACCCACUCCUCAACCUAGUGAGUCUUUUAAAGAGAACAUGGGGAAUUCUGUUAUCUCGUCCACUGCUACCUCUGUCAUUAGUCGAAUUCCUUUGCCUCUUGAUUUUGACAAAACUCCUUAUAUCUCAUUGGGCAACCGCAGCUCAGGACUAUCUCCACCCAAGCAGAAGUAUCACACGAAUGAAAAUAGCUGGCAACAUGAACUUUCACUGUCUGAUGAUCCACAACCUACAUCAGAUAAAACAGAUAAAACAUCUUAUAACCCAGGCUCAGGUCCUGGUUUAAGAGUAAAUACCUCAGAGGGUGUGGUGGUACUGAGUUAUUCAGGACAAAAGACAGAAGGGCCGCAGCGUAUUAUAGCCAAAAUUAGCCAAAUUCCACCACCCAAUGCAGUUGACAUUGAAUUUCAGCAGUCUGUUUCAAGAUCUCAAUUUAAACAAGAUCCAAUUCAACCUCAACCCUCUACACCUAAAGGAUCCCAGACACCCACAGGGCAAGGAUACCCAGGUGCAAUAUUAAGCACCCAGAGGUUCAAUGCUCAGCCUGUUAUUUCAUCCAUUACAAAGGAUGGUACUGUUUCUGGAAAAUCAGAAUCAAUAUUUUAUAUGGUUCCCCAGUGUGCUUCUGCAAAGAAAUUCCAACCCUCAAGUCCAAGUUCCCAGAUCUUAAGAUAUAAUCAGUCUACAUUACAGCAACAUAUCACAAAAACAUCGAAUGUGGAAUGUAUUUCAAUAAAAGCUGAAGUAAAACAAUCCCAACCUUUUUGUCAAAGUCCAGUUUCAAGUCCACACCCCUACUCUUUGGCAGGAAAUCACAUUUCAAGUCCGACUACUCCUAAUGAUAGAUUGGUCUGUCAUCCAAAACAUGAGAUACAAUCUGCAAGGACAUCAGGUAAUUCAGUCUCCUCAUUCUCUACAGUUUGCCCACCUAAAACAUCAAUAGGCUUGGGCUCUAGUAGACCUGGUACUCAGUAUGUGAAAAAUCAUCCAGAGCAGUCAGUCAUCAUGCCCCCACAUAAUGCUACACAAGUCUCUAUUGGUCAUUUGUCCCAAGGAAGUGUAAGAAUGAAUACUCCACCACUAGUUGGAAUUAACUAUAACAUACAUACAGAUUCUGUCUCCUCCUCACCACCUGGUCCUCAACAGUGCUCCAUUUCAUCCCAAACAGCAGUAUUAAGAGAUAUUCUGGUAAAGACACAUCCAAGUGCUGGGCAGAUAAGUAGGCAAAGUGAAGUCAAUGUGCGACACUUCCAUCAAGCUGCACGUCAGACAUCUGUGCCCCAGUUACACACAGAUGGCAUGGUAGUGCCAGAGUACAACGGGAUAAAGCAUGGAGGAUUGAAACUUGAUCAAUACAACAGAGACUUACGUAUACUGAUGCAACAAAAGUUACCAGAUCACCUGGGAGUUGUUAAAAGAUACCAAGCUCAAACAUCAGAGCCCUCCUCAUUAUCGUCUUCCACACAUAUCUCCUCAACUUCCUCCAAAACAGCCACAAUUAAGAACCUAUCACCAAGAGAUGCACCAAGAGCACUGGCUGUGAAAAUGUCACAUUCUUCUUACUCUCCACAUUUAGAAAGAACAUUAAUUACUCAUUCUCCUGGAUCAGUGAUGUCUCAACAGGUGCAGCUAAUACAUCCUGGCAAUGCUGGCUCCAUGCCUGAAUUGUACAGAGAAAUGCAUGGCUUCCGUUCCCAGUUAGCUGGUCCCUCUGUAAUUGGAAGCAGUAUGGCUAACUGUGGCAUCGCUUCAAAUCAGGAGUCUCUGGAAGUUGAAAACAGACCUAAGACUAGCCAUUGCUUUACUGGCGGACCUCAUGGGGAGACCAAACUUACCAUGUCUGAUGUUAGGCAUGCAGGCUCAAUAGAAAUGUCUCACGUAUAUCAGCUCCAGAGGGACAAUUCUUCUCCUUGUUACAUUUCUCCAACUGCUAAAACUCCCAAAUCUGAGCCUUAUUCCUCACUGCAGAAGGGACCUCAGAGUCUUCCUUCUGGGCUAUCCUCAUUACCACCAACCAAUAUCAGGCCAGAUAUAAAUCCUUCCGUUGACAUGGUGCAACUGUUGAAGAAGUAUCCUAUUGUAUGGCAAGGUCACUUGGCACUCAAAAAUGAGAGUGCAGCUGUCCAGUUACAUUUUGUUUCUGGUAACAAGGUUCUAGCUCAGCAUUCACUGCCACCACCAGAGGGAGGUCCUCCUCUUCGUAUUGCACAGAGAAUGCGGCUGGAGGCUUCCCAGCUGGAGGGAGUAGCAAGGAGGAUGACAACUGAGAGUGAUUACUGCCUCUUGCUGGCGCUCCCUUGUGGUCUAGAUCAGAAAGACGUCCUUAUCCAGACCCAUGCUCUCAAAACCUGCUUUAUCACAUACCUGCAGGCAAAACAAGCUGCUGGCAUUAUCAAUGUUGCCAAUCCAGGAUCCAAUCAGCCAGUGUAUGUGGUCCAGAUUUUCCCUCCGUGUGAAUUUUCUGAAAUUCACUUAUCUCACCUUGCUCCGGACCUUCUCAAAAGCAUUUCCAGCAUCUCUCCACAUCUCAUGAUUGUUAUUGCAUCUGUAUAAAACUUCUCAAGGAAAAAACUAAACGUUUUACUAAAAGUAACACCAGCUAAACAACAUUCUGGAAAAUGCCUCAAUGUGUUUACUCCUCUUUGGUCUUUGAUCAUGCACUCAUUGUCUCUUUGUUCUUUUAUCGGAACCUUAAUCCAUGAUGUGAUCUCUAAUUCCAUUUACCCAUUAAACUCUCAGUGGAGAGCACACAUUAGUAAACAGAGCUAGAUUUGAAAUGAUCAAUUUUCUGAUCAUUUAUUUUACUGUUUUUCAUUGCUAAACUUUUGAAAGUUUGUAUCUAUGAUUUUUAAGAUUGCACCUAAAAAAAGACAGAGUUUUUUUAUUUCCUUAAAAUGAUGAUUGUGAUUUUUUAUUUUUUCAGUACUCUUUAGAAGAUGGGUCAGAUCAGCCAUUGCACUAUGAUAAGAAAAUCAUGAAGUUAAAAAUGACAUAUGUAGACUUUGUACAGAUUGAAAUAUUGUAGUGGUGUAUAUAACUAUGAUGUGUUUCAGCCACCAGCUGUCUGGUUUUUUUUUUUGUGGGAAUUUAUUGUGUGGGAUUAAUCAGUUUAUAAUGAAACUACUGUUCUUUCAGCCAUCUGCUAUUCCUUUUUAUUUUUUAGAAACAACUCAGUUAUUCCUAAAGGGAAUAAACAAGCGGUAUUGUGAGUUGCAGAGUUUACAUUUUGAUGGCCCAAUAGGUGAUUGUAUGUACAUAUGUUUUCUUUUUAUUCAACACUUGGGGUGAUUCAGGUAAUAUGGGACUGUGUAAAUAUUAUAAAUACUGUAUGUAGGUACUUUGUAAGCCGUCAUGAGAUGCUAGGGAUGAUCUGUUAAAAGACCAGCAGAUGCAAUCAUAACUGUAAAUUUAAUCACUACCACGCAUUGCCAUUUAAAAAAAAAAAAAAAAAAAAAAAAAAAAAAAAAAAAGGCUUUUUUAUGACUUGACUUUGUACUUGUCACUGGAUCUAAAGCUCUGAUUUUGUUUUAAAUGAUUAUACUUGUUUGUGUCUCUCUACCUCCAUUAUGUUUUAAUUUUAUUUUUACUUUAGUCAAUAUUUUUAUGUUUGCAAUAAAUCCAUUGUAUUAUUUUUGUAUUGGCCUUUUAUCAUAUUUGCCUCUGAAUGUUAAGAUGGUUAAAAUGGCUGGUUAAGAAGUAAGAAAACAAAUCUGUAAAAUAGCUGUACAAAUGUUUUUUUUUUUUUUAUUCCUUUCUUUUAAUGUUUACCUCCCUGAGCCAAGUUGUAAAUAAUCAUUUCAUGUAUGUCCUAAUUUUAUUUCUACUUUUCUUUUCUUUGGUUUGUCAGACAAAACAAAGCAGUGUAAAGAAACAGAACUUCAGUAAAGCGAUGCAGAAAUGAAACUGUGUCUCACUGUUGCAGUUUCAUUAUAAUGACUGCAAAUAAUGGCACAUGAAUAAAUUAAAGGCACUUAUCGUUUUGUAGACAAAUGAAAAAUACAAAAUACCAAAAUUAGAAAGGAGCAGCUUUUCAAUAUUUGUCUGUAUAAUUUUGUUUUAUUCAUGUGUAUUUUUCUGUUCCUCUAUGAGGACAUUUUUAAAUGUAAAAAAAAUAAAUUGUG